UAAGAAACUUAACAAUGAAAUUGCUGCUGCUGUUGAUGACAACAAUAUUUGCAGCAAACGCUCAAAAUUUAUACGAGCGCUGCGCUGGCAAACAAUUGGAGAUGCUAGCGCAUCCCACUGAGCAAAGCAAGUUUAUUAUAUGUGUGAAUGAAGUGCCAGAAGUGCGAGAAUGUGCCAAGGAGACAGUCGAAGGACGAAAUGACACGAUUAGCUGCUUUGAUGCUGCAGCGCGCAAAUGCAGCGCAGACGCUUGUGCGCCAACUAAUCCCAGCGACAGCAUUAAAAGCCAAUGCGCCAGCUUGGAGCAUCUAGCAACUAUACCUGAGCAGGACUGUGUGCACUAUUGGAUUUGCUUGGGCAGCUUAAGCGAACCCAUCUAUGCUAGCUGCCCCAGUGGUCAGCACUACUCGCGCUCCGAGCAGCAGUGCAUAUCAGCGCCUUUGGCCAAGUGCAUGCCCGAUAAGAAUUUAUGCGCUAAUAAUGCAAAUCGUACCUUUGCUGCUGAGCAGUGCUAUCAAUAUUAUGUUUGCCUGCAUGAUCAGCAGCUAGUGCAGCGCACUUGCGACUAUGGCCAUGCUUAUAGUCAAGCAGCUAAUGCUUGUGUUGCCGAUCGCAAUUGCAUCGCCGAUGACUUAAAGCCCGACUGCGCCGAUGCUAGCAACAACAACAAGUACUUUGCACUACAACAAUGCGAUCGCUUUUACUUCUGCGCCAAGCUGCAGCUGCAUGAAGGCAUUUGUGGCAAGGGCUUUGUAUUCGAUGCUGCCAGCUCCACUUGUCAGCCAGGUGUGUGCUAAAGCUUAAACAAAUAUAUAUGUUCAGCAACUGCA